AUGCCCUCUGCAGCUUCGAGACAUUUGAGCUCAGUACAACAUAGUCGAGUGCAAGCGCCACAGGCUGCCAAGGACGUGCGGGAUGAGCGCUAUCCGCGCGGACAGGAGGCUUGGCAUGGCCCAAGCUCGGCACAGCCUGCCCCACGAUGGGACGCAACUGGUGUUCAGCCGCAGUCUGUUUCUCCCGUUUUUGGUGUGCUGGCUGUGGCAUACUUAAUACCUGUCCCCGUUCUGUCGUCCUUCUUUUCGAUACUCCGCCUUGACUCUGCCAGCUUAUCGCAAAUACUCGACCUAUUGCACCGACGGCCUUCACCGCCACGCACUGUUCCAAUUGUCACCGUAUUCUGUUUCCUUACAAGAGCGGAAUUGCCAUACAAGGCCACUGCAUCUCUGGCCGUCAGAAAUUUGUGCCACGACCCUUGCUUGGCCAGUAGUGGACAGCCUAAAUUACACUAUAAAUGUUACUUGCACGUAGCACCCUCCGACAUAUAUUCCGCAGUAACGCAGCCAGCCGCAAUAGGCUCGUCCUCGAAUUACCCGCCACAGUCACCGGGAAUCACGCGUCGCCCCACGUUCGACUUGCCCAGCUCCUCGCCCACGUCGCAGCACUUUCCUGGGCCACACACGCCUGACCGCAGACCAUCGCGUUUGUCCCAGCGCGUGCCGAAACGCGCGUCCACACUGCCCGCCACGGUCCCCUUUUCUCCUAGAUCCUUCCAGACGCAGCGUUCUGCGCGCACGGUUUCUGGCGCGUUCGAGACCGUGCGACGUCACAUUUCGGAGCUGCCAGAGAUGAUGAAGCCAGAGAAAGCCCCCAAGCCUGCCCAACCAGGGAUCUGGCGUGGCAUAAAGACCAUCAUACUCAUGUCAUGGCUAAAUCUACUGCUCGCGUGUAUUCCGGUCUCGUGGGCACUGAAUUUCGCGUUGCCAAAGACGAACACAAAUGACACGCUUAUAUUCAUCUUCUCCUUCCUUGCGAUCAUCCCUCUGGCGAAGCUGCUCGCAUUUGCAACGGAUGAGCUAUCAUUGCGAGUGGGGCAAACGCUCGCGGGGCUGUUGAAUGCCACACUGGGAAACGCUGUGGAAUUGAUAGUUGCGAUCAUUGCACUGGCCCACUGCGAGCUCCAGAUUGUCCAAUCAUCAUUGGUGGGCUCCAUACUGAGUAACUUGCUCCUUGUCCUCGGAAUGUGCUUCUUUGCCGGUGGUGUUAAGUUCUCCGAACAAGGUUUCGGCAUGAGCGCGACGCAGCUUAAUUCCUCUCUCUUGACGGUAUCCGUUAUUGCGAUCCUCCUCCCAGCAGCUUUCCAUGAGGUUGCUGGCGCGGAAAUCCCAGAUCCUCUUGAGGGACGAGAGAUUCUCAGUUUCAGCAGAGGUGCCGCGAUCAUUCUUCUAUUCAUCUACGGAUGCUACCUCGUGUUCCAGCUAUUCUCGCACAAGGCUAUGUACGAAGAUGAGGGUUCUGACGUCUUCAAGUCGACGAAGUAUCCGCCGCGCCAACCCGGCUCCCAGCCAAUGUUCAGCACGCAGAAGCAGUGGCUUGCGACGCAUUUCCAACGAGGCACAAAUGGCAGCAACGAACCGCUCUCCCCGUCUGCGAAUGCACAUGGACAUGAGGCGCCAUUUGUAGCGCGCGAGCUCCACCAGAGUCCGGUGAGCGAGAGGAUCGUUCUCGCGGACAUGUCGCCCGACCUCGAGCGGGUUGAGAGCCCCAGGAGCCAGCAAUCGUCCAACGAAGAUCUUGAGCAGCAGCAAGACGAGGAGGUUGAGGAGUUGAAACUCACGUUGCCGCUGACUAUCGGACUCCUUGCCGUAGUCACUGUGUUCGUUGCGGUAACUGCAGAAUGGCUCGUGAACUCCAUCGACGGCUUGACGGCAUCCGGCACAAUCAGUAGGGAAUUUGUUGGCCUCAUUUUACUGCCAAUCGCCGGCAACGCGGCUGAGCAUGUCACUGCGGUGACGGUAUCGGUGAAGGACAAACUGAACCUCAGCAUCGGUGUUGCAGUUGGCUCGAGUAUACAAAUUGCGCUAUUCGUCAUUCCGUUCUCCGUAAUCUUGUCAUGGAUUAUGGGCAAGCCGCUUACCUUACUGUUCGAUCCCUUCGAGAGCAUUGUCCUCUUCCUAUCUGUACUCGUCGUGAACUACACUGUAGCUGAUGGCAAGAGUAAUUGGCUCGAAGGCAUGAUCCUCAUGUGCUUAUAUGUCAUCAUUGCAGUGACUUUCUGGUAUUACCCUGGCAUCAGCAUCUCACAGCAGAUUGCGAGCCAAGAAUUGUCUUGCUGA